AUGGCGAUAAAAACAAAUAACUGGUUAGUAGCAGUGGCUUGCUCUAUGAUAAUUGGUUUAAAUUUUAGCUUUUUAAGAAUAGCAGGAUUACUUUAUAUAGCUACAAUGGAACGGUUUAAUGUUUCUAAAAAUCAAGCAUCACUUCCUUAUUUUUGGUGUAAUUUAAUGAAAAGCUUUGUAGGUCCACUAGUUGGAUACUUCGCCAAAACAUAUGGAUCGAGGGAAAUCACAACAGCAGGAGCAGCAGUUUCGGCGCUAGGCAUAGGAAUGUGUUUCUUCGUCGAACACAUCACGAUUUUGAUUAUUUUGUGGGGAGGCAUGUUUGGUAUUGGUGUUUCAAUGAGCUCUUCAAUGAUUGGAGAUAUUUUGAAUGAUCAUUUUGAUGAAAGUCAUAUUGCAACAGCCUCUGGAAUUUCUUAUGGAGGAGCUGGCAUUGGAAGUUUCAUAUUUGUUUACUUGUGUGACUUCCUUCUAAAUCAGUAUCACUUGUCCGGUACAUUUUUAAUUCUUUCAGGUCUUAUCUUAAAUGGUUUGCCAUUAGGUAUGAUCUUGAUGUAUUCCAAAGUUUCAGAUGGUGUCGUCAAUACAAAACAAUACUCAGGAACUCUGAAUGACUAUGAUCUUAAUAUUGAUGCCACUAAACCAUGUUUAAUUUCAUUAACAAAAAACAACAAAUCAGCUCAUUCAACACCUGGAAGAUCAAAUGGAAGUAACUGUGGAAUCGAAUUAGAGGGAGUACCAACGGAUGAGUCCUUGAGAAAAAUGGUAUUAAAGCAACCCUCUCAUAAUGUACCAUUGGAUAUCAAAAAUGUCGAAAAACAUUUAAGUAACUAUCAUUCUGAAAUAAAAGAAGAG